UCUUGUUCUUAUCUACAAAAAAAAUCCCAAAAGGGAUUUUUGAGUAUCCGUUGGAAAAAAAUAAUCUUGAUUCAGUAGAACUGGUGAAGAAAAUGGAAUGUAGUUUGAAGGAACAUAUAACCACUCUUUCUUUUGCUGCUUAUGAAUCUGUGACAGAAAUGGGUUCCGGAAAUUAUGGGUGCUCGCAUUAUAGAAGAAGAUGCAAAAUUAGAGCACCUUGUUGUGAUGAGAUAUUUGAUUGCAGACAUUGCCAUAAUGACUCAAAGAAUUCUUUAGAUGUUGAUCCACUCAAACGACACGAUAUUCCUCGCCAUGAUAUUAAAAGGGUCAUUUGCUCUUUGUGUAAUACUGAACAGGAUGUUCAACAAAAAUGCAUCCAAUGCGGGGUUUGCAUGGGGAAGUACUUUUGCUCAAAAUGCAACUUCUUCGAUGAUGAUGUCUCGAAGAAUCAAUACCACUGUGAUAAAUGCGGAAUCUGCAGAACGGGUGGCGAGGAGAACUUCUUUCACUGUGACACAUGUGGAUGCUGCUAUACAAAUUCGAUGAAGGAAUCACAUAAAUGUAUAGAAAGAGCGAUGCACCACAAUUGCCCUGUUUGCUUUGAGUAUAUUUUUGAUACAACAAAAAACAUCAUCGUCUUGCCUUGCGGUCACACAAUGCAUCUGGAAUGUGUCAUGCAGAUGGAACAACAUUUCCAGUAUUCUUGUCCUGUUUGCUCAAGAUCAUACUGUGACAUGUCUCGAGUCUGGGAACAACUGGACCAGGAGGUUGCGUCAACAGCUAUGCCUGAAAUGUAUCAGGACAAGAAGGUUUGGAUUCUUUGCAACGACUGCGCGGAAACAUCUGAGGUUAACUUCCAUAUAGUAGCACAUAAAUGUCCAAGUUGCAAAUCCUAUAAUACAAGGCAGACAAGAGGAGGGUCCAGUUCAUGCUCUAAUAUUACCGAUAUGAUCAGAUGAGGUUCUUAAUCGCGACAUUAGAUCAGGUUUUUUCUUCAAAUUACUAUUUGCCUGAUUAUAAACGAUGAAAUCAAUGCCCACGAGUCACGACUGC